AUGUAUGGCGACGACGAUCCACAGAGUGUGACCAAAAUAAAAUCGCAUUUGGUGAUAGAUAUGCAGAACCAUAAUGAUAUCAUCAAGGAGAAAUUGAGUGACCAGCCUAGAAAGGUGCUGAUUUUGAAUACAGGUGGAACCAUAUCAAUGUUUCCAUCUUAAACAGGAUAUGUCACAAAAACGGGUGCUUUGAAAAACUUUCUUCAAAACAACCCAUUCUCAUGUGACAUGGAUUUUACCUACUUCAAGGCUACUGACGAUUUCCUAAUUACUCCUUUAACCGCCUUUAACCGAAGGAUAUGGUUCAAAGUGGAGGAAUUGGAAAAGUUGCUUGAUUCUUCCAACAUGAAUUCAGAUGAUUGGGUAACCAUAGCAGAAAGGAUCGAGAAAGCCUAUAAACAAUAUGAUAGCUUCAUCAUUUUGCAUGGAACAGACACCAUGGCAUACACGGCCAGUGCUUUGUCCUUCAUGUUCCAAAACCUUUCCAAGACUGUUAUAUUGACAGGCAGUCAAGUUCCUUUAUCACAACCAAGAAACGAUGGCUUUACUAAUUUUCUGAAUGCCCUUACUAUCGCUGGCCAUUUCACAAUUCCAGAAGUACUAAUAUGUUUUUAGGACAAAUUGUUGAGAGGUAAUAGAGCUUAGAAAGUGAAUUCUUCCUCUUUGGAUUCGUUUGAUUCCCCCAAAUUCACUCCUUUAGGAUAUUUCGGAGUGAACAUUAGCAUUAAAUGGGAUAUCAUCCUGAAGAAUCCAAAUGAAGAAAAUCUAAUAGUGAACAAGAAAUUCUGUACGAAUAUCAGUUUGAUACGUCUGAAUCCCUUGCUGAAUCAUAUCACUCUAAAUGAGAUAUUCAAGAACGAAAAGUUGAGAGGAGUCGUGAUAGAAACAUACGGAGCAGGCAACAUGUAAACAGAGGAAAAGUUUUGUAAUGAAAUCGCUCAGGCAGCCAAAAGAGGAGUAGUCAUAGUCAACAUCUCUCAAUGUCACACAUCCUAGGUCGAAAUGCUCUAUGAGACAGGCAUCAUAUUUGAGAACAUGGGAGUGUAUCACAUAUUUAUAUCAAUUCAACUUUAGUAUAAGCGGAGGAGAUAUGACAUCCUAAGCAGCCUUCACCAAACUGGGGUAUUUAUUGGGCAAGACUGACGACGUCGAUAAGAUAGAGGAUGAAUUUUAAAGGGAUAUUAGAGGAGAAUUGACAGAGUCUGGCGGUGCAGCUGAGACUGAACCCUUCUUGAUGGCCUUGUCGUCAGCCAUCAAAUAGCAGCACUCCAAAAUAGAUUUGAAUAAAGAUCUUGUGUUUCCAAAUAUCUUGUGUCAGAUUUGUGUUCAGAAAAGGAAAUUAUCUUCGAUGAAACUAUCAAAGAUUGUAAGGUCUAUAUUAAAUGAUAGGAAAUCAAUUAUAAGGCUCAAGACUAUGACAAGAGAAGCAUAUUACAUGUGGCUGCAAGGGAAGGGUCGCUGGAGAUUGCUGAACUCAUUUUGAGGAAAUGCCCACAAAUCGUCAACAAUGUUGAUAGGUGGAAACAUAGUCCCAUGUAUGAAGCUGUAAUGGCUAAGAAUACUCAGAUGAUCUAAUUGCUCUUGAGAUUCCAAGGCAAAUUGAUUGCUCCAAUCAAAGAGUUAACCCAACUCUUGAUGUAGGAUGUUGCGAAUGGCAAAGAGGAGAUGCUCAAUCUCUUCUAUGAAGCUGGUGAAAGAGAUUUCACCCAAUACAGAACGGAGGACAACAGAACUGUUGCUCAUUUGGCUGUGUCGGUUGGCAACGAUGUCGCUUUGCAAUUCCUCUCUAACCCGGGAGUGAUUUUUGAUUGGUAGGUCCAAGACAAGUUUGGCAGAAUACCGAAAGACGAGAAACUUUUAUAGAAAAGACUAUUAAAAAGGUGA